GAGGACAUGAGUUGAACUGUCAACAGAGCUGUCAACGGAGAGAGAGAGAGAGAGCGGCAAUGAUUUCAGUUUCAUACUAAAAACGCGUCGUUUGGACACCGCAGUAGUUAGCCUAUAUAUUACCGUCUGAAAGCAGUACGGGAGACAUGAGUGGUACAAUCCGACAGAUCACUGUAACCACUGACCCGGAAACCCCAUAUUUCCUGCGAGUGGACUGGGCCGUAGACCUGGGCGCUGGGUUCACACUAGCUCUCACUGAUGGCAGCUCUGCAUGGAUUGGAGAAGUUUCAGAAGAUGAGGUGACGAGGGAAGCCAAUGACAUGGGGGUUACAAGAGAGAGAUAUGUCAAGGAUCUUCUUCAAGCACUAACAGGAGGUGAAGAGGAAAGAGGAGGGGGAAGGAAAGGAAGGAGAGUAGGCGACACAGGGGUGUAUUCUUUCCAGCUCACUCCAGACCACUGUCAUCUCGCAUAUCAGAAGAUCUGCAAUAGUGUCUCGGUGCACUUGGGCUCUGCAGAACUUCAGCCAGCUCCAGACCCUCUAGAGUUGAACCGGGAGAUGAUUGGCCAGUCUCUAAAGCGCAGCACAGACCUGGAGACAGAAAACUGCCAGCUACUAGAGGAGAACCGUAGACUAAAACAGCACCACCAGCAAAUACACAAAGAGCUGGAGCAGCAGGUUCAGGACAAGGAGGUGUUAGAGAGCGAGCUAUACUCUCGUUUUGUCAUGGUGAUAAACGAAAAGAAGGCCAAGAUCAGAGGCCUGCAGGAUGUUGUCCGCCAGCUCCAGAAAACAGAUGACAAGCAGAAGGGACAAUGUGACAACGACACAGCUCAAGUUGAAGACGGCAGUCAGGACAGAAGAGAGGAGACAAUUCAGAGCAUCCAUCUAUCACUGGAACCAACCAUCCUCAUCACAGGUCGUGAUCUGGUGUGCAAGGGCAUCCCUGUGGACCACACUUUUUCUGAUGAUGAGGAUGUACAACCAAGACAAAAGCGCCAGUUGCUUCACUCUCCAAGCCGAGAACCUUGUGAACCUUCUGAAUAAAAUCACACUGGUUCUUAAAGAUGUUUGGGGAGCCUUCACAUACAGCAGUUGUACAUGGACAAUACUGAACUCAUAGAAUUUAAGAGAAAACCAAAUUAACAUCAUGCAAACUUCUUGCUUAUUGUUGUUUGAGUUAAAGAAUUAGCUUUUCCAUGUGUCCCAAAACCUAUUUUAACAGUUCACGAUAAAACAUGUCAUGUCAGGUUUAAUGGUCCUGUGAAACAUUUUUCUCAAAUUUCAUUCAUGACUGUUUUCAGUUUCAGCAUUCAGAAACGUCUGUCUAAACCACUGUGGUAACGGAUGUGGGUUGCCCUACUGAAUUUUUAUCCCCUCCUUCCAAAUGUUGAAUCAUCACUUUGUCGUCAACAUUGGGGUCACAGUAAAAACCCACUAGUGCAGAAUGUCUGCCACUUCCCAUCAUCCAGUGGUCACACCUCUGGCCUGUUUUGCAUAAUAUAUUUUUCUCUUUAUCUCACGGUAUUGAUUGUAUUAUUCAUUAGGGACAUAUUCCUCCUGCUGGCCUUGACUACAGAAGUGGUCUUAGAUGUUGAGGUCUUUAGUUGCUAGACUAGUUACUAGAAUCUCCUAAUAAAUAAGAUGGAUUAAAUGCAUAACAUGAUAUCUUUGGGGUUUGUAAAAAUGUACUUUGUAAAAAACAAACACAAUGUUUUUUCAUAGUCUAUGAAUUGUAUUUAACCUUGUUAACACCUCUGAGUUUCCCUUGGGAUUGUGGCUAGAAUUUAAAAGAUAUUUCUCACUGGUGGGUCUGAGAGAGUUUAAGAGAUUAAUCAACCUCUGUUAAUGUUUGGUUUUUCAAAGGUGUCUCCUGUUCGCAAUGUCCGGCUUAAACAUACAAUGUUGUGAGGUCUUUUCUCACUCAGCAGCUGGAUGUUCUCUCAUACUGAUACACUAUGACUGAAUGGCCACAGAUUCUUGGACUUCUGCCUUUUACAACUGCAAAUAGGCUUAGACAGACACUGCAUGUUGGGUUUGUGCUACUGCUACACAAGAGUCUGAAGAGCAACAUUUACUGUAUGUCUGAAAAAAGCAUAAAUAAAUGUUUCAUAUCUUCAGAUUAAGUUUCAAUGUGUGU